ACGAUCGGCGGCAGCGCACAACUCGGAACUCGAUUCGAAUCGAAAGACUUCAGAAACCUGAAAAAUAAAGGCACGCGGUUCGCGGCUGUACCUUCCUCCUUUCAUCUGAUCCAUUUCGAGCUUAGUGAUUCGCGACGUGACCCCUUGUUAAGUGAGCCCAAGUGUUAUAAAAGUUUCCCACUGGAUUAUAUCGAGAACGCCGAUUUACGGCGCGGAGAAGUUUUCCAAAUUUCGGACAUGACCACAUCGCACAUCUUGUCCGCCGUGGAUCCAACAACCGGACUCAGUGGCAAUUUGUCGGGAGGAGGAGGCGGUGGUGGAACUGGUGGCAGUGGUUCACCACAGCAUGUGACCCACAAUGGACACGGGCAUGGUCACGUUGGAUUGGGGGGCGUGGUGGCGGUGACCGCGGGCGGUUCCAGCGCAUCCGGAAAUGGCGGACACCGCGUGGUCGGCGGAGCUGGCAGUCCCAAUGAACUGGACCGCAAUCUGCGCAUUUCCCUGGACGAUCGGGAACUUUGGCUGCGGUUCCAGAAUCUCACCAACGAGAUGAUCGUCACCAAGAACGGCAGGCGCAUGUUCCCCGUGGUGAAGAUCAGUGCCUCGGGUCUGGAUCCCGCCGCCAUGUACACCGUCCUCCUGGAGUUCGUCCAGAUCGACUCACAUCGGUGGAAGUACGUCAACGGUGAAUGGGUUCCUGGUGGCAAGGCGGAGGUUCCCCCUUCAAACCCCAUCUACGUACAUCCCGAAUCUCCCAACUUUGGGGCCCAUUGGAUGAAGGAACCCAUUUCGUUUGCCAAAGUAAAGCUGACCAACAAGACCAAUGGCAAUGGACAGAUAAUGCUUAACUCAUUGCACAAGUAUGAACCACGUGUGCAUCUGGUUCGUGUGGGUUCCGAGCAGCGUCACGUGGUCACCUAUCCCUUUCCAGAGACCCAGUUCAUUGCGGUGACGGCCUAUCAGAACGAAGAGGUCACCUCGCUGAAGAUCAAGUACAAUCCCUUCGCCAAGGCCUUUCUCGAUGCCAAAGAGCGACCGGAUACGCUGUAUCCCCAUGACACCCACUACGGCUGGUUAAUUCCACCGCCCACUCAUUAUACAACUGCAGCCGCCGCUGUGGCUGCUCCCCCGCUUUCCAUCGCCCAGGGUCAUGGGUUGGUGACCUCCUGUCCCAGCGUUUCCUCGGCCGCAUCAGUGGGCGCCUCCUCGGGCGCCAGUUGCGAUCGCUACGGCAGAUCCCUACCCGGACGCAGUGUGGCACCCACUCGCACCACGCCGUACAGUCGACCCAGGGUCGUUUCCGGUUCCGGAUCCAAUGGCAGUGCAGGGAAUGCCUCAUCCACGUCGCCCCAGCCACCGUCGGCUCCUCAAACGCCCACCAGCCUGCACUCCUCGUCCACAGGAUCUGUGAGCACCAGUGUGAGCAGCUCCAGCGCUGGCGGACUGGGUUCCGCCUCAAGUGCCGGCUGCUUCAGCAGUUCCUACGCCCAAUCAGGGUUUAUGCCGGUCGAGGCCAGUCCCACGGCAUCCGUGUUCUCGUACCCCAGCAGCUGGCAAAGCAAUGGCAAUUACUGGAACGCCACCAGCGUUCCAGGACCCAUGCCCAUGAACGUGUGCAGUGGCCGCAACAUCUCCUCCCACAACUCGCCGUCGCCCACGAACGGAUCCCCGAGCUACACGACCUCCUCGCCCAGCUACACCAUCCACCACCUGACGCCGCACAGUCACCAGUACAACAUGACCCAACCGGACAUCUAUGGCACCGGCGUGGGCGUUGGGGGCGGGGCCGGGGCAUCGGGAUCUCCGCAAGCAUCGUACGGAGCAGCUGCCCACCAGGUGUACCAUCCCACACCCACCUCGCCCACCCACCAGCUGUACACGAAUGCGGUGCUCAAUGCACCCUCGGCGCUGAGUUAUCCCGCCAGUGGGUGGCACAACGGUUCUGGGGCGGAGUACGGACUGUACCAGAAUGCCGCCGCCGCGUACUACCAGCCGGAGUACAUUCCUCUAGAGAUCGGCUAUGCCACCCAUCCGCUGGAGCCCGUGGAGGUGUCGAAGACGCUGGACGAUCCCCAGGCGGCCAUGUACAAGCCGAGCGACGAGCAGGGCUCGGUCAUCACGCUGGAGUGCGCCAGUUCCGCGCUGAAGAGCUCCCACGACAUCAAGAUAGAGUCCUCAUCCCUGGAGCAUUCGGUGGAGCGGGGCGCCGUUUCCGUUUCCGGCGGAUCUGCGGUCGUCUCGGUGCCCACCGCCGUGGUCAAUGGAGGCCCUUCCGUCAGCGCCGACACCUGGACGCCCCUCACUCCGCCCCAGAGCACGCUGCAGUGAUCGGAUGAAGAUGAGUCCCCAGCCUUUAGACGCAUGACCCCAAGGAUGUUCGAUCGAAUUAGAUGUAACGCCCUACAUUAGUAACGCUAUUAGUAAAGCACCCCCAACUGCAAACGCACCUAUUGUAGACUUAUCUAUUAU